UGUGGUGGUUCACCACGGACUGUCCUCAGCUCGGGAGACCCCGCUCUUCACGCGGCCGCCUGUCCUUCUCAAGUGUGUUUUGGCGUGAGACUUGGUGUCGUUUGUUACCUUGCGUUUUGGGUUCAUCGCGGCUUAGCUCAACUUAGCACGGACAACUUGGCAGCGGAGUGUCAUCAGGCACCAUGAUGGAGGGUAACAGCCCGUCGUUUUACAACUCGCCGUUCGGCUUCCACAAUGAUCAGUUCGUCGGGCCGCCAAUCUCUGCCAGCACCGGGCCUCACCGGAGCUACAGCCCGCCUCCCCCACCGGCCUGCAUCUACGCCGACAAGGCCGGGCCGCAGGUAGGGGGCUACGGCGGAGCCCCUAUGGCCGUAGUGGAGUCCCGGGUGGACGAGGGCCUGCUGCAGUACCCGCGGAUGACCAACAUGAACAUGAUGACUCUGGCCAACAUGACACUGCCCCAAGACACGGCCUGCACGCAGGCCUGUGGGGCCGGCACGGGAGCCGCGCAGCCGUGCGACGGCGUCCGGGAGCCCAUGCAGCACCAGGCUGGCCAGCUCGGCCACACCGUCAUGCCGGGGACUACAGCGGUUGCUGCCUGCCGGGGAUCAAAUCAAAACCUCGGAGGCAACCCGGGUGCUCACCACCACACACCCACGGCCCCGGCCGGCAAAACAAAGGCGGACGAGAGAAACCAGAACCUCCCCUUCCCCUGGAUGAAAACUACCAAAUCGCAUGCUCACAUGUGGAAAGCAAACUGGCCAGGGUGGGCAGGAGGGCAGCGAUUGGCUAGCAUGCAACAACGUCACGACGCGGACGGCAGAUGCCUCGUUUCAGGCGCAUCCUUUGUCGACUUUGACGAGAACAAGCGCACGCGGACGGCCUACACGCGGGGCCAGCUCUUAGAACUGGAGAAGGAGUUCCACUUUAACAAGUACAUCUCACGGCCUCGCCGGAUCGAGCUGGCGGCUAUGCUCAACCUGACGGAGCGCCACAUCAAGAUCUGGUUCCAGAACCGCCGCAUGAAGUGGAAGAAAGAGGAGGCAAAGCGCCGGCCCUCGGGCGGCAAAGCCGAAAAGGAAGACGGCGACGAGAUCAAGCCGGACCUCAAGUCCAAUGGGGACUCGUCCUCGGACAAGGAGGAACUGUCCUCGGAGAAGAGUCCUCUUUCACCGUCCAGCGACCAGCUGCAGGCGUCCGUCAAGGUUGACCCCUUCUCUCCCUCCACGUCUCCCCGGAGUCUCUCCAUGACGGCGGCGCACCCAGGAGAACAUCUCAUCGUCAAGUCUUUCUGACAAUGAUUUCUCUGUAAAACUCUCCCACCCCUCCUUUUGUCUCUUAGGACUUUAAAAAGAAAAAUCUAAACGACUGUGGAAGCGUUUAAGAUUGGAUUGAGCUCUUACAACAGUCUGAUGGAUUGCGCUCUUCCGUCCAAGUAUUGAGUGUAAUGUUGUAUGCAGCCAGUCUGACCAGUGAAGAUUGUGAAUGAAUAGCAGGAAAGCGCCGGAAAUCACCAAUAGACAAAAAUUACAACUCGCGCCAGUUUUUGGAUCUUCUUGUGGCUGUGGCUUUGAGUCUACAUUCUAUGUACAUGUACGCGUUGACGUUACACUUGCACUGGGUACUCGACUAGCCACAUCCCUAAGCCCAGAAAGUGACUGGUAGUUUUGCUGAGGUUUCUGGGACUCUAUAGCGUUCAAUCUUGAUUCAUUCAAAUUCUACGCAAAAGUGUUUCCCCCAAAUGACGAUGUCGUCUGUUAUCACCAAAUUUUCUACACAAAUGAAAAUCCCGCCGAUAUCCCCACCAGAAACUUGUGUAUACCAGUCUUUUCAAAUGUUUAAAUAAAUGUUCGAUGUUGUUUAUAACAAAGGAGUCUGACAAAACACACUGUAUUGCUCGGUUGUAUGAAAGCAUGAAGUGCCUGGUUUAAGCAAAAACACAUGGUGGCUUUUGUUUUUCAAACCUGACAAGAAUGUCUGUGGAAGUUGUUGAACUGCCCUGACCACAGAGAAAGAAUGUAGUUGUGUGCUGACCAAUGAGAGCUUAUAUACUUCGACCAGGCUGGCACAUUGAUAGCCCAGCCAUCCAAGUUAACAACCUUCGAUGGUUAUAUCCUCUGCUUCACUCUCGCUCGUUCUUCUAAAGCGGGAGCAUGACUCGCCACGCUGUCACAAUUUCUACCAAUAUCGACCUAGCCUGCUCAACUCCGUCCAGCCCUCCUCGUUCUUCCCUUGGUUCCUUCCCUUCCUUUCCUCCCUCGUCUGUGAGCCUCCGUCAAGACUGUUCAACAGCUGUUACUAUAGGUCUAAAUGCAGCAUGGUGCUGAAUUAACACCGCAUAUUUUACGGUGCGUUAGUUCCUUGAGAGAGUGACAUUUAGCAUUCUGUCCUUCAAGCGGAGCAUUUCAGAGGAGUGUGUAUUCCAUCGUAAAACCCAACAUACGGGACAAGAAAGAAAUUCUCACGACAGCGCCAUCCAUUACCGGGUCUGAAGUCCCGCAAGUCAUUCCACGAAUUUCAGACAUUUUGUCCAAGAGAGAUUUUGGGGUACAGUGUGUUCAACCUUGGUUCCCUCCUCCCAAUUGUGUAGAAACCGCUCUUUUUAUGAAGCUAUUCCUUGACGUUGUGACUUUCCAUUGGCCGAAUUCUAACAUGAACUAAUCGGUUACUUUUCACGACCGUUUAUUCAAUCGCAGUAUUAAUAUAGUUCAUGUGUUGCUUUCGUGCUUGGUUUCAGUUCCCAUUUAGCAGUGCUCUUCGAAUGUGUUGCAUUGAGUCUGUUUUCCCCCACAUUUUUUUUUAACCACUGCUCUUUGAUGUCUGCGCAAAGUUAUCAACCAAAGCAGAUCACUCAGACAUGUUGACGUUAAGCGUUACCGAAAAGCAUUAAUCAUUUUGCGCUUCCAAACAAAUUUAUAUCCCAGCCAAAAGAGAAAACGAAUUUAUAACUCGCAGCAGCUCGUGAAUCAUCACAACUUUUAAAUACUCAACAAAAUUACAAAUGAGCAGCGUUGACGGGGUCUGCAGUUACACAUGCAGAGUAUAAAGUUUUUUAUUGCUGGAAACGAAAACCUGGUGGAUUCUAGUCACGUGCCACGUCACGUGUUACUGUUCUUGUCCAGAUGGAUGAUUUUUUAGGGGGAGCAAUAGUUACUGAUGCCCAAAUCAUGUUUUGUUUUUAUUGUUGCCCACGAAAAUUUAGUCAUGCGCCCAGUUUGUCCUACCAUUAGUCUUGUGUAGCUGGGGUGUUUACGGGGAGCAAUUGCUGCCUAAAUCACUAUUUUUGCUCAUCACCGAUUUGUUGGUGCACUUCCAUCGAUAGUGGAAAUGUGGGGGUGGACCAAGUUACUUGGCGGCGGAGAGUUGGGGCUGGAGGGCUGUACGCUCAUUUAAGAGCUUUGUUAAGUAGUGCGAGACUGCAUGGGGUUCGUCAAUAGGAAGGUUAAGGGAAAUUGUAUUGGACGGGUAAAAAAUUAAACAUCUCCCCGGCCUCUUGUUUAGGAGAAUCUAGUGUUUGACAUCUGAAUUAUAAAGAUUUGUACUUAUGGUGGAACGUACAAUCUUAAUUUGAAAAAACUUCUCUCUUCUACGUGCCAAAUGUUUUCCUUUUACGUCAUUAAAUUAACAAUCAGUAGAUUUUGUUUUAUUUGUUGUUUUUUCACUCCACUACUCGAUUUUGAAGUUUAUUAAGUUUUGUAUAUGAACUGGUCUGAUUGGGUUAUUUUUUUAACCCAUGACGCCAUUGCUUAUACAAACUGAACAUCACCGAUUCAGCAUUAUUGUAGUGACAAAGUCGUAUUUGUAUUAUAUCAGUUAUUUUUGGUAUAAUGUCACAAUUUGGGUUAACUUAAGAAAAUAAUUCUUAUGUGUCUUAUGCUUGUGUACAUAACCUGAUACAUAUACACAUCUAAAUUUCAUUCCGGUCAUCGGGCACUUUGCCUGAGGUAUUGUCCUGUAUAAGAUUUGAUUAAGAAUUUACCAAAGAUUAAUUGUGUAGAAUAAAAGAUGAAUAUAGUGCAA